AUAUGGAACACCCCCUGAGUCUGAAAGAAACAAUAGAUGGCAUUGGAAAAAUCUUUGAAAAAGAACAUGGAAAAAAAUGCCCCAACACACUCCUGUCAUCAUUAUUACAGAAUGCAGAAAAAGCAGAAAUGAGUGAAGAUGUUAUAUCAAGGUUAGACAAAAAACUCAAAACAUGGCAGACACAAAAUAAAAUCAGCCUUAUAGAGGCAGAUGUGCCUUCUACAAUUCUUCCCUUUGGGUAUUCAGCAAGCCUUGUCGAUGUAAGAGUUAAAUCUCGGGGACCAGAUGAUACAAUAUACAAGAAUAAUCCUGAGAUUCGUAGCAUGGUUCCUCGAGGGCUUACUUUGAUACAUUUACAUGGUCAGGAAAAAACAUAUGAAGUCAUACUUUAUGCCAACAAAAAGUUUACUGGUGGAGUGGGGGAUGAAGAUGAAAGUCAACCAGAAAAUGAUGAUAGUUGGAGAGAGUACUGCUUGGCUCCACCUGAGACAGCCACUGACUUGAUAUGUAUGACAAAACUAAAUGGAGAAGCAGCUCAUUUUAGUGGAAGAUUUUUGUGUGGCAAAUUCUACAUAAUAACAGGCAGUAAAAAUGUUCACAUGAUUUUAAAGAACAAGGAAGAGAUUGAUCUGUAUGAAGGAACCCGGUAUAGUAUAGCUAAGGUUAUUGCAAGAGCUGUGUUUGAGGCGUUAGAAAAGUUGGACCAAGAAUCCCGUCUCCUGGUUUACAGUCUUCUUCACCACACCAAAAGUACCGUUUUAAGUGAAAUUCUUCAGCCUAAACAUCAGCACAUCGUAAAUUUAUGUGCUAUUGAGAAACCUGAAGUAAAUGUCCUCAUGGUGACGCCAACGUUUGUAGAUGAAGAGGAGUCGAGCUUUACAGCGUUUCCUCCCCACCAUAUGCUGGACAUGAUGGCUGCUCUCGGAUUUGCAUGUGCUCCUUUUGUGGUUACUUCUCCAGAUACUAUGUCAGAACAAAAGGAAAGGGUUCGGAAUGAGUUGUACAAGGAAGGAGAAGUUAUGUAUUUUGUCAAUGGCAAGGGUGAAACUAUUGGCAUUGCAAAAGUGAAGACCUGCUGGUAUGUUGUACUAAGAGCUCUGCGAGAACAGACCGUCAAUAGCUUUACAGCAGCCAAGAGAAGAGAAAAUUGGACCUUGCAGGCUCGGAUUGCUUCAGCUCAUAAAAGACUGACCAGCAUUCAACAUUGGUUAAACUUCUCUAAUGAAUAUCUUGAUAAAUGGAAGAAACUGUCCGCAGGUUUCCUUACCUGGUUGCAUAAAGAAAUAGAAAACCGCCGUGAGAUUGCAGUGAACAUUCGUCCACAGUUCCCCAUCAUGUGGGAGAGAUUUUUGCAUGAGGAGGAGGAAACAGAUAAUUUUGUUUCCUAGUACAUGCUUAAAUUCCCACCGUGGAACAGUUGCACUAAACACAAACACCAUGACGUGUUUUGCACUUUCACCAAUGGCAAUGGCAUGCAGCCGUUGUAAGGUGCUACUUCUGUGAUAUUCUGAAAUGAAUUAUGAAUAGUUCAAGUUCUCAUCUGAGCUUAGAUAUAACAAGUAUUUAGUGUCAUCAUAAAACAUGUUACUUUACAUCCAAUGGUUUAUGAAUGUAGAUGAAAGCUAAAGUUCAUCAAUACAAAAUAUGCUUUUGCAGAUCUUAUAUAUGUAAAGGGAGGGAAUAUAAUGAAAAUGUAUGACUUUGCAUAUUUAAAUACCUUUAAAAUGUAUGUUCAUUGUCAAAAAGUAUUUGCUUUUCAUGAGUGUUAACAGAUGACAGACUCUGUAUUGCAAGCAUUAUUGAAACCAUUCACAUGCAAAAUCUACAAUUUUUUUUUUUUUUUU